UAUAUAUAUGAAAAUACAUAAUCCAUGGGGUUCAAAAAAAGACAACACAUAAUUAAUAAUUAAAGUUUAAAACAAAAAAAAAGUAAUUUUUAUUUUGAAAAUGUUCUAUAAUUCAAAUAUUGUAGAAAAUAUAUUAAUAGUUAUAUUUUAAAGUUCUAUUUAAUUAUACACAUAUUAAACAGUGCGCAAUUGAUAGUUAGUUUAUUAUUUAAACAUACUAAAUAAAAUUUAAAUAUAUUUUUAUAUGUUUCACAUGCUGUAUAAAAUUUAUGUAAUUUAAUUAGUAUAAAAUAAACCUGGAUUUUCAUAAUACAAAAUUAAAUUCUAGUGUAAUAAAUAGAUAAUACUUAUAACUAACAAAUUUCAUAAACUUUGCUAUACUUUAUGAUACAAAAUAUUGAUUUAAAGCAUUAUGGAAAUAAUUUAACUAACAAAACUCCAAUAACUUGAUUUUAGAAAAUAAUUAGUUUUUGUGAGUUUUUAUUUGUUUAAUAAAAUUGUUGAAGUGAUUUUAUAUAUGAAAAUAACUAACUUGUUAACAGCAAAAAAAAAAGAAAAAAAAAAGUACCCGCAAAAUAUGGAUUUUGGUUUCUGUGUGUAAAAUGGUAAAAGGGUUAAAAAUCUGGUUUCCCUACAGAGAGUAAAGGCCAUUCUGAAUCAAAAUCGAAGGUUGCUGGGUUUGUUCUAAAUCGAAAUCAAAGGCCAUAUGUUUUUAUGAAGACGAAAACGAAAUCGAAGGCUAGGGGUUUGUUCUGAACCGAAAUCGAAGGCCUCUCACAUCUAUCUUCUGAAAACGAAAACGAAAUCGAAGGUGAUCUGUCGAUCUUCUAGGUUAUCUUCUCUUAGAUGUUGUAGAUGAGUCCUUGCUUAGAUCAGUAGAUGUCCGCUUUUGAGUUUUGACAAUGUAAUGGUGUUAUCAAUGAACUCUGGACUUGAUUUUGUAUUGGGUCAGCUGUGAAUUUUAUGAUUUUGGAUUUGAUUUUGAACAGAUUACCAGUGGAACUGAGUCUAAGAGCUGGGUAUUAGUUCUUCAAGACGCAAGUUCAGUUGAAAGAAAUGUCAAAAACCCAGCUAGAUCAGUCAUGGAUCGGUACGCAAAAUGGAAACAGAGAGAGCUUCUUGUUAUACUCUUCUACGCCGUCGCUUUCUACGCCUAUGCUCUACGGAUAUCCCUUCGUCUCUCUCACGCUCCGCGGUUUAGCUCCUGGCUGGCUCAUCCCUAGUCGACGCAAUGAUGUAUCCGAUGCUCAAUGGAGGAACUUCCGCGGAAACUUGCCAAUUCUCAGUUUCGUUUUCGCUGUUUUCACCGUGAUUGCAAAUGGAUCUAGGUCUCUUUUCAAAUUGAAAGCCAAAGGAAUGACCAUCUUGUGGCUUUUCUUGUCACUUGUAUACUUGACUUACUUACAUGGAGCUUGCGUCAUUUUCAUUCUCUCCAUCGCAACAGCUAAUUUCCUCCUUGUUAAGGUUUUUGCGCGGAAAAAGUUCUUUCCUUUCAUGCUUUGGGCUUUCAACUUAUUCUUCCUCUUGUGCAAUCGUAUUUAUGAAGGCUAUUCCUUCUCCAUUUUCGGGCCACAGUUUGAGUACCUGGACAACUUUAGGGGCACGUUCAGAUGGCAUAUAUGCUUUAACUUUGUCGUUCUGCGCAUGAUAAGUUUUGGAUAUGAUUAUCACUGGGGUCAACUGGAUUCUCAUUUUGAUCUGGAGAAACACGUAACGCGCUGCUCGUUAUGUAAGUUGGGGAAGACUUGCUACGUAGUUCGACAGGAGAAAGAUAUAGCAAGUGACAGCAGCUGCAGUUUUUCUUUAUACCUUUGUUAUUUGGUCUAUGCCCCCUUGUACCUUGCGGGGCCAAUCAUAAGCUUCAAUGCCUUUGCCUCUCAGCUAGAUGUGCCACAGAAUACUCAUUCAGUGAAAGAUGUUGCACGAUAUGGAUUGCGUUGGUUAUUCAGCUUUUUGCUGAUGGAACUUAUGACGCAAUUCUUCUAUUACAAUGCCUUUGUGAUCAGUGGUCUGUGGAGAGAAUUAUCUCCUGUGGAAAUAUUUAUCAUCGGAUACGGAGUGCUAAACUUCAUGUGGCUCAAGUUCCUUCUUUUAUGGAGAUAUUUCCGCUUCUGGUCUUUGGUGAAUGGCAUUGAAACUGUUGAGAACAUGCCGAAUUGCAUUAAUAAUUGCUAUAGCCUGGAAACAUUCUGGAAAACCUGGCAUGCAUCGUUUAAUAGGUGGCUUAUCAGGUAUAUGUAUAUUCCUCUGGGUGGAUCACGAAGAAAGUUUCUGAAUGUGUGGGUUGUAUUCACAUUUGUUGCCGUGUGGCAUGAUUUAGAAUGGAAGCUUCUUUCAUGGGCAUGGUUAACAUGUUUAUUCUUCAUGCCAGAAAUGUUGCUGAAAUCAGCAUCCAAUGCAAUUAAGGUUCAGAGUGCUUUUGGAGAGUUUCUCCUUCGUGAACUCAAGGCGUUGUCUGGCGCUGUGACAAUCACAUGCCUCAUGAUGGCAAAUCUUGCUGGCUAUGUCAUCGGACCAUCAGGUCUAAGCUUGUUUGUCUCCAGCUUUCUUAGUAAAGAAGGAUUACCUGUUCUAGGCGGGGUGUUCUUUAGCUUUUACGUGGGUACAAAGCUGAUGUUUCACAUCAAGGACUUGAGAAGUGGGGUACAUCGCCCGAGGUAGCCAAAGCAAGGAGUUGUAGUUUCAUUGUUGAUUGUUAGGUAUAAUUUGUGUCAAGUUUUGGUUGGAGUAAGUUGCACAAAAUAAAAUUUGGUUGGAGUAAGAAACUGUGUUUUUCCUUGCUGAAAGAUGCAAAACAAAAUCAACUUUUGCA